AUGGUCUCCUUCACCCAGCUCUUGACCGCCGGUCUCCUGGCCACCUCGACGGUGGCCAUCCCCCACGGCCAUGUCCACGAACAGACCAUCCACCUGAAGCGCACCAGCCCUAAAUCUCUCCUCCCCCGCGAGAACACCUCCAAGCGUGGCGCCGCCUACAACGAUGCCGCCACCGUCGGCUCCCUCAGCAGCAGCGGCACCGUCGGCUGGGCCUACGACUGGAACAUGUACUCGAACGGCGACCUGCCGGAGGGUGUCGAGUUCGUGCCCAUGCUCUGGGGCAGCAAGAUGUUCGGCGAAUGGUUCGUGGCCAUCGAGACGCUGCUGGCCUCCGCCUCGUCGGCGUCCUACAUCAUGGGCUUCAACGAGCCCGACAUGCCGGAGCAGGCCAACAUGGGGGCGGGCGAAGCCGCUGGAUACUACCGCGACUACAUCACCAAAUUCAGCGGACAGGCCAAGCUGGUCACGCCCGCCGUCACCAACGGCGUCGGCGAAGGCCUGGGACUGACCUGGAUGCGCGACUUCCUUAACCAGUGCCAGGAUUGCGGCAUCAGCGUGCUGGCCGUGCACUGGUACGGCGAGUCGUCCGAGGACUUCCUCAAGUAUGUCGACGAUGCCGUUGACCUGGCCAACGAAUUCAAUCUCGAGAGCACCUGGGUCACCGAGUUUGCGCUCAACCAGGACAUGAACGCCGGCGGCGCGUCCGAUGUCAGCGUCCAGUUCCUGAAGGACGUGAUCCCCAAGCUGGACGAGAACGAGUCGGUUGGCCGCUAUGCCUACUUCAUGUGCAAGGACGGGUUCCUGCUGAGCGACAGCGGGUUGAGCAUCAGUGGACAGGCCUACAUUGAGUAG